AGUAACUCCCUACAUAAGGAUCAAUCCGCGACACGCUGAAUAUAUAAUUGCCCACUUUCUACUCCUUCCCCAUUACUUGAGCACGUCACUCCGAUGACCUUCAAUUAGUUAUCAUUGUGUCUUUCCACCUUGAUCGGUUCCUCACAACAGUCGGCGUCACAUCACUGUUAUAAUAAACUUCUACCAACAACAUGACUCAAGAUCCUGAGGAUGCUUUGAAUAUUUCUCUGGAUCUUUUACAGAUUGGCAAGGAACUGAAAAGAUCGGAAGCGUCCUCUAUAUUCGAGGUAGAGAUAGAAGGAACUCGCUACGCGAUGAAAGUUUUCCAUGAUAACGGUGACCCAGGAUUCACAGAAAAAGGCCGUGAUUUGAACCGUUUUCGCUGUGAAUUGAGAGCCUAUCGAAAUCUGCGACGGUUUGGUGUAUGUGAUCGUGGAUCAGUUCCCUACUAUCACGGUUAUUUUGAUCAACUUGAUCCAGCCCAGCUUGCACCGCAUCUUAAUCAUUAUAUGGAGGAUAUUAACAACCCAAGUGUCAUAUUGCUCGAGUACUUGGAGGGUACAGAAGAGCUUAACUGUGUGAAUUAUUCAGAUGAUAGCUUUCAAAUAGCACUUCGCGGAUUGCAAGAUAUUCACAGUGCUCUAGUUCACCACGAUAUAUAUCCAAAGAACAUCCUCAUUGUUCGUGGACCACCUGAGAGACGUGAAACACCGGAGAGAGUUGUUUGGAUAGAUUUCAAUGUUGCCAUGACUUUCACAGAUAAACAAUCCAUAAGCUGGAAGGAGGAAGAGUACUUCAACUAUGAAAUGAAGCUCGCUGCAAGCUUUGGGGACCUUUUGCGAGAGGAUCAGAAAGAAGGCCUUCCUCCAAACACGAAGUUCUACUAA